AUGUCGCAAGAGCGCUUGAGGCUAGAGAUUGUGGUGUCUGUAGGUUGUCAUUUGGAGUUUGGAGCUCCAGCCUGGAUCAUCAAGGUUGUUUGCAAUGACCUUCUGGGGAAGAAGGUCAGUGUUAAAUGCAACAUAAAUGACACCGUUGGGGACCUUAACAGGCUGAUUGCAGCCCAAACUGGCACCCACUGGAAAAAGAUUGUCCUAAAGAAACAGUACAUAAUUUUUAAGGACCAUGUGCCUCUAGGGGAGUAUGAAAUCCUUGAUGGGAUGAACUUAGAGCUUUAUUACCAAUAG